CAAAAUUAAAAGAAACAAAGCCGCUCACCAGAAUGCACAAUUUGGUCCAAAUAAAUUUAGGGCCCGGCACCGGCUCUGGCUCCGGCUCCGGCAAAGUUCCUCCGCUUUGUUCGUGUUUUACUUCCAAACCUAAGAUAUUCGAAUGUUAAGAUUGUUAGAGAAAUCCCUUCAAAAAUCGAAAGGAAGAAACAACAACCAUGGUGCCUUUGGCGCCUCGGAGCUUUCAGAAGAUUUUAAGGCUCAAUGGUUUCUCUGCUUUCCGACAUAUCUCCGUCAUUCCCUCGUUCAUUUCUCAGAAUGAGUUUCCACGUAGUCGGGGCUUCUCUUCUGAAGUAGAAGCUGCCACCGAGUUUGAAUUUGAUGAAAUUCCUUAUGAUGCCAAGGCGGUUGAGAAAGAAGUUGCUUUGCGCGGAGCUAUUUCGCAGCUUGCGAAUGAUUUUGGGAAAGAGUCGAUGUUGUCUUUGCAGCGGUUCUUCGGGUCUAGAAAAGCACCGGUAAUUCCUACUGGAUCAUUGAAGCUCGAUUUAGCGCUUGGGAUUGGAGGACUGCCUAAGGGAAGGAUAGUUGAAAUUUUUGGGCAGGAAGCAUCUGGGAAGACAACACUUGCACUUCAUGUGAUCAAGGAGGCUCAAAAGCUUGGAGGUUAUUGUGCUUACCUAGACGUGGAAAAUGCAAUGAAUCCUUCCCUUGCUGAAUCAAUGGGUGUGAAUACACAAAAUCUCCUAAUCUCGCAACCAGAUUGUGCUGAAAACUUGCUCAGUAUGGUUGAUACACUGACAAAAAGUGGGUCGGUAGAUGUUAUUGUGGUCGACAGUGUGGCUGCUCUUGUCCCGCAACUUGAAAUUGACUCUGUAGAGGUUGGCACCACCAGAGAUAUGCAAUCUAGGAUUAUGACGCAAGCACUUCGCAAAAUCCAUUAUUCUUUAGCCCAUUCUCGUACUCUUAUCAUUUUUGUUAACCAGGUGAGAGCAAAUUUAAAACCAGGUCCACGUUAUAACCCGUCAGAGGAGGUUACUUGUGGUGGGAAUGCUUUACCAUUUUAUGCGGCCAUCCGUCUGAAACUUAUCAGGAAAAAAUUGCUCAAAACUCAUCCGGAUAUGGCUACUGGUCUUGAGGUCUGUGCAAAAGUGAUAAAAAAUAAACUGGCACCUGCGAUGAAAGAUGCGGAUCUGACAAUAAAAUUUGGAAGGGGUAUAUGUUGCGUUUCAGAGAUCUUGGAUUUGGCUUGUGAACACGGAACUAUAUUGCUUGAAGGUGGCAGCUACAGUAUAGAAGGUGAAACAUUAAAUUCUAAGAAGGAAGCUGAAGAGUAUCUUGCUAGAAAUGUUGUCGUAAUGGAACAAGUUGUGAGUAAUUUAAGAAGUCAAUUGUUCGAAAGGAGGAAAUCAUGACCACGGUAACCAUUAAUGGUGCACAUCACUGGAGAAGCAUUCUGAAGAAAUUGAUUCCUGGACUUUGAAGUGCCAACCAACUCGGAGUAAACGGUAACUCAGUUGCAGAACCAUGUUUUGUGGCACAUCACAUUAUUUAAAGCUUCUGAAGGUCAAGUUUCCUUGAGAUCUAUGUAGUGUACAGUUAGGGUAGAAAUUUAUUUCCAGGCUUAAGUUUUGGAAGAAUGAUAGAAUAGUUCAGUUGCUGCGAAUUGAUCUCUGUAAUGAUAUCAGAGUUUAGUUGGUGGGAAAUCUUAACAUUGUUUUUAUUUCAAUUGUAGUUUCUUCUACUGUGAAAAGCUUAAGUGAAAGGCAUGGAUUGAUGUUUUUGUUGUGACAUUGUGAUCUGGUAUCUUGUAGAUCUGUGUAUCAGUUUGUAGAGGAUUGAUUACUCCUCAAAAGCUUGAUUUGAUUGAAAGAGAUUUGUAUUUCCAUGUGCCGUGGCGAACAGGUGUUCCUGUUUGAUGUUUGAGGCAGAUGUUGAAAUCAUUGAUAGCAGCAAUUGGGACAAGUCUAGCAAAUUCACGGUGGCGGCAUUGGCACAUCACAUUUCAUUUUCUGAAGAUGCAAUUCGUCUGGUCACCCCAAUUCAAGGAUGGGAGCCUCAUGUAGUCAGAAUUUGAGUUCAGAUUGAUUUGUAGUUGAAAAUUGAUGCUAUUUAAGGAGGGGAGCCUUAAGUAGUCUGAAUUUCAGUUUCAAACUGAUUUGAAGUUAAAUUCACGCGGUACAUUUAGCACGGUUUAACCCGAAGAGAAAAAUAAUUACUUCUUCAGUCUCAAUCUUAAAUAACCCUUCUUUCCACUUCAC